AUGUUGUUCACCCGUGCUUUGAUCACCUCCGCCUUCGCCAUGGCCACCACGGCUCUCCCCAAGGCCGCCCCCAGUGCAACCUCCAGCGGAACAGCCGCCAGCUCCAGUGCGAGUUCCGGCGCCAGCUCCGGCGGCGGCGGCGGCGGCGGCGUUCAGAUCGUCAACAAUCUGAACACAACGGUCUACUUGUGGUCCACGGCCAGCGAUGCCGGCAGCAUGCAGAAACUCAACUCCGGCGGCGGCACCUACUCCGAGGACUGGCAGACCAACUCCGACGGCGGCGGCAUCUCCAUCAAGAUGUCGACCUCGCAGAGCGAGGACAGCGUGCUGCAGUUCGAGUACACCACCAGCGAUGACGACCUCUACUGGGAUCUGUCGUGCAUCGAUCUCGACUCUAGCUCGGCCUUCGUCUCCGCCGGCUUCUCCGCCAGCCCCGACGACUCCAGCUGCUCCUCCGUCUCUUGCUCGGCAGGAGAUAGCAACUGUGCCGAAGCCUACCAGCAGUCCGACGACAAGGACACCAACAGCUGCUCGUCCAGCUCCGCAUUCACCGUGACUCUGGGUUAA